AAUAUCUGCGUUUCAGAAUGCCUCCACUACCAAAGUUUGACCGACGGUAACAGGAAAGUGUCCCACGGUUCAUCUCCACUUCUUUGUGAUAAUACACUCCCACAUGGAUGGUAUCGUUUCCAAGGUAACGCGGGGACAAAAAUGCCUACGUCAUGCGUUUCUGACUACAGAUGUAGUACUCAUGCCACUGGCUGGCUUAACGGUGCUCAUCCGUCAGUAGAAGAAGGCAAAGUCACCAAAAAGGUCUGCUUCAGCUGGGCCUCAAACUGCUGCAGGUGGUCGAUCAAUAUUGAAGUACUCAACUGCGGAGAUUUCUUCCUGUAUCACUUCAAAGGAACUCCCCCGGAACAUCCAUGUACUCUUCGUUAUUGUGGUACAGACUGA